CGCCUCCCGCACACCGAGGGGGAAAGUGCCGCGCCGGCCGCCCCGCCGCCGGACAGGGUUUCAGAGUGGAAAACCGGAUCUUUACCCUGAAGCUGCAUCAAAGCCAGACUGUGAAUCUUGGGCUGUGACACUGGGAGAGGUGAACUCGGAAGGUUUGCAGAAUAAAAUUCAGCAGCUCCGGACGCUGAUCAUGGAAAUCAAAGAGGAGAGACCAUCAGAUGAAGCACGACAGUUUUUCCCUUCAUCCCAGUUAGACAGUCUAGGAGAGCCCCAGUUGACGAGUAUUCAGGGAAUUGCAAAUGAGCCAAAGCUGGAGUUCAGUCUUGCAUGCAAGGAUCUAGUGGCUGCUACCCGUGAUCGGAAGCUGAAUACGUUUAUCCAAGUCUCAGUGGUGCAUCCAGCAGAGCGCAUUUUGACGCGGUAUUCAAGCACUGAAAUCGUGGAGGGUACAAAAGAUCCACUGUUUUUGACUGGUGUGACCUUCCCACCGGAAUACCCCAUCUAUGAGGAAACUAAAAUAAAACUAACAGUCUAUGAUGUCAAAGAUAAAUCCCAAGACACGGUCCGCACCAGUGUCCUAUCUGAUCACAAGGAACCAAGAGCAGAUGUUGGGCGAAGCUUCCUGGGCUGUGCAACUUUUAGAGUAGGAGAUCUGGUAAAGUCAAAGGAUCAACAGUUGACCCUUACCCUCAGAACAUCUGAUGGUGGAAGGACAGUUGGUACCAUUGAAGUCAAUCUUGUGAAGAUGGGAGAGCUAGAGGAGGGGGAAACAGACCACAUCACAGCAGAUGCCCAAGAUCAAAAGUGUGCAUUGGUUCGUGAGUGUACAGCCACUGAAGGCAUAAGUGGGAAAGACAACCUGCCUUCCUUAAAUGCAGUGUUGAGAAACCCAGUUUGUAAGUUAUAUAGAUUCCCUACUUCUGACAACAAGUGGAUGCGGAUCCAGGAACAGAUGGCUGAGACUACCCUCUCUUUCCAUGUUCCUAAAGAACUAAUAAAUCUGCACAUAAAGGAGGAUAUGAGAAGGAAUCAGGAACUUAAAGACCUAGGAGAACUUGCUCCUCAUUGGGACAACAUGCGCAAAAGUGUAAUUGCUCACUGUGAUCAGAUGUUGAGCAUGUACCAGGACACUCUUGCAGAGCUUGUGAAGCAUACAGGUUCUUCUUUUAAGUCAAGCUGUAGCAAAGGAGAAAAAACACUAGAAUUCAUCCCAAUAAAUCUUCAUCUGCAAAGAAUGCAUGUGCAUAGUCCUCGAUUGAAAGAUGCUCUGUAUGAUGUUAUCACUGUAGGAGCCCCAGCUGCACAUUUCCAAGGAUUUAAGAAUGGUGGUCUCCGGAAACUGCUGAGUAAAUUUGAGGCAGAAAGACGAAAUACUGGAUACCAGUGUAUUUACUAUUCACCUGAAAACACAGCCAAGGCAAAAGAAGUUCUCAGCAACAUCAGUCAUCUGCAACCUCUCAUAUCAAGCCAUGCAGACCUGCUGCUUAGUUCUGCAAGCCAACGUUCUCCAGACAGCUUGAAGAAUUCUUUAAAGAUGCUUUCAGAAAAAACAGAAUUAUUUGUGCACACAUUCAAGGACCAGCUGGUCAGAAGUGCCCUUUUAGCACUGUACACAGCCCGGCCUGGCUGUGUCCUCAAGAACCCAGCUGUGCCUAGAAAGAGUGUAGAAGAAGGGGCUGAUGCACAGCACCAGGAUCAUCCUUCUCAGAUUAAAAGGCAGGACUCUAUACCCCAUCAUUCUGAGUAUGAUGAGGAAGAGUGGGACAGGGUGUGGGCCAAUGUGGCAAAGAGUUUGAACUGCCUUAUUGCCCUGGUGGACAGACUGCUUGAAAAAGACAACAUGAGCCGCAUUAAAGAGGGUGAAAAUGAGCCUUCAGCAGCAGAUUGCAAGGUGUUGCAUACAGGAGGUGACUGGUAUGAACAGCUAUAUCCACUGGUGAUUACACUGAAGGACUGCAUGGGAGAAGUGGUGACCAGGGCCAAGCAAUCCAUGGCGUUUGUCCUGCUCCAGGAACUUGCCUGUGAUUUGCCCCAGUGUUUGAUGCUGACCCUAAGAAGAGACAUCGUCUUUAGCCAAGCACUUGCUGGAUUGGUCUGUGGUUUUGUAAUCAAAUUGCACACAGGUUUACAUGAUCAAGGAUUUUUACAACAGCUUCAUACUGUUGGAUUGCUCGUGCAAUAUGAAGGACUCCUUAGUACAUAUAGUGAAGAAGCAGGGAUGUUAGAAGACAUGGCUGUGGGCAUUUCAGAUUUGCAGAAAGUGAUGUUUAAAAUAAUUGAAGCCAAAUCAGAAGAUUUUUUGCCUAUUAUAACUGGAAGGCGUGAACAUUACAUUAUAGAGGUCCAGCUUCCAGCAAAGAUGUUUGAGCUGCUGCCGCAAGAGAUUAAAGAAGGAAAGCUGCUUCGCAUGUAUCCAGUGCUCUUUAAUGUUGGAAUCAAUGAACAGCAAACACUGGCAGAGAGGUUUGGAGAUACCACUUUGCAGGAAAACAUUAACCAGGAAAACUUAGAACUUCUCAAAGAAUAUUACAAGUUAUUUACGGAAAAAAUGCCUCCUGAUUGUUUACCACAUUUUCAAGAACAAAAUGAUUUAAAGGAAUUGCUAGAAAGUCUUCAUCAAAAUAUCCAGGCUAAAAAGAGAAAGAAUGUAGAAAUCAUGUGGCUGGCUGCAACGAUUUGCCGGAAGCUGAACGGAGUGCGCUUCACCUGCUGCAAAAGUGCCAAAGACAGGACAUCCAUGUCGGUGACGCUGGAGCAGUGCUCCAUCCUGAGGGACGAGCACCAACUGCACAAAGACUUCUUCAUUCGGGCGCUGGAUUGCAUGAGGAGCAGCAGGCAAACCCAGGGAGCAUUGAAUGAAUCGGAUGAUCCUGAAACAGGCUGUCUAACUGAUAACAAGCCAACUUCUCGACACUUCUAUCCUGUCGCCUUGCUGCUUGUCAGCUCACACCUGCUGGUUGUGUGGCUUAUUUUAAGUCUUGCUUUGCUAUUAGCCAAAUAUCAAUAAACUUCACUUGUGUUCCUUUCUUUUCUACAAAUAGCAACAAACUAACUCUAGAAAAAAGGAAUCAUGUUGUAAUAUUUCUACAGUCUCAGACCCCAAGGAUUCAUCUUUAAGAUACCAAUGUCUGAAAUGUACUGUGUUUUCAUUCUUUUUUUCUGAACUCUGAGAAGUAUACUAUGCAUUGAGUGAAUUGAUUUGUUCUUUCUGUUCAUGGUAAAGCUUUCCUACUGUAAUUAGCGCAAAGAAAGCCCACUUACAAUGCUGUCACUGUAUAGAAGUUGUGGAAUCCUGAAUGCUUGAACCCCUCUUUCCAGAGUAACUAGUCUGACAAAAAAAAAAAA